AUGAUGAAAGAGGAAACACAGCUUUCAACAACGAGUUUGGAAUUUUGUUGGCAGAUACGGAAUAUUGGGGGUGAAAAUUUGUCGACUUCUGACGACCAUUUGGUUUCCGAUAAAUUUGGCAACCAAAAUUACACGUUCUUUUUACAACUUUCAAGCAAAAGCGAAUUACGUAUUCGUACAGCAGACGUCGUAAAUCCGGUAAACGUGGAAUGCUAUUUUCUUACUGCUGGAAAUAUUGGUGAUGAUAGGAUAGAACCAAUUUUGCAUAAACCUCGUUUAAUAACCAUUGGUGCCGAUUGGAAAUUGGUUGCAAGGCUGAAUCGUGCUUUAGUGUCAACUCUUUCUUGCCUAACCAUCAUACUCAGGCUAGAGCUCACCGUACUUGACAGUGUUGAACAAGAAGUUACGAAAAAUGAUCAAGCUACUGCAAGUGCAGCUUUACGGCGAAUGCUGGAGAACUCAGUAGAAACAGAUUGCCGAAUUAAGGUUUUGGAUCAUGAAAUAAGGGCUCAUCGGUGCGUUUUGGCAGCAAACAGCAAACUGUGGAACAAAAUUUUUUUGGCUCAAUCACCAACUCCCUCAGCUGGUGACUCUGUGAUCGAAAUUGAUGACUAUGACUAUAACUCGGUGUUAGCAGCAGUGGAAUUUUUGUAUACCGGUUCUAUGGCAAGAGCUCUCAAUGUACUGAAUGACGUAAAAAGUUUAGCGAAAAAAUAUGAGAUUGACUCGUUAACUGCCAAAUGCGAUGAAGUACGCUACGAAAUAAUGAACGGCCUUGUCGGCUUCAAUGCUGCUUUACUGUUGUCACAGAAGAAGUUUUCAUUAAAAUUAAUUGAUACGUGUGCAGCGUACCUUUCUCGUUUUUGCGAUGAAGUUUUGACCUCGGAUGUGUGGAGUCUUUUCAGAAAAGGGACGCCAAAAUCUGCUUUUGCCUUAAUGGAACGAUCACUGGAGCUUUCAAAUGGAGAAACACCGCCUUUACUUGCAAGUAUUAGCAAGGAAAAUCGACUGGAACAAAUUCAGAGCUUGAAAAGCGAUGCAAACGAAAAUAUUAUGCUUGAAGAAGAAGCUGUAGCUGCAAUCCGUGAACUGAAGCCAGAGGUUGCGAAGAUCAGCAUUGCCGAGAUGCUGCCGCAAACAAACCAUAUCCUUUUUCUGAAUAUGACAACACUGGAAGGUCGGUCGUACACGCUUGAAUUAACUAUGAAAGGUUGGCGAAUUGCUUCCUUGAAACCCGAUAGCAUGGAAGGAGAUUUUACACAAGUAUAA